AAAGACAACAACCGAAUAAGAUUACCUAGCAACCGAUAAGCAACUUUUUGUCAUGGCAACUGAAAAAGACGCAAAACAAACGAGUAGAAAAACUAAACGGCAGAAAAUCAGUUAGUUAGUUAGAAUGAAGCUAAGAACUCGUAUUUGCAAGAAGAGUUCCAUAAAAUCUGUCGAAACUUCACCCGAUGCCGGCAGUAAUAAUACUCAAUCCUCGCAGAAUUAUCCUCUAAGUUGUGUAGACUGGAGCAGCAAUGAGGAGAUCUAUUUUGUGAGUGAUGACCAUCAAAUCUACAAAUGGAGCGAUGUUAGUCGCGAUUCUGUUGAGGUGGCCAAAUUGCCGGAUGAUUUUAUACCCACGGAUCUGCAUUGGUUGCUCCUAGGUGGACGCAGCAGCGGCGGUGGCAAGGGCAGUGAUACCUUGCUUAUAUCCAGCAAUGAUGGACGUUUCAUUAUCCUUAAUAAGAGUGCCAGAGUGGAGCGUAGCAUUUCGGCUCAUACGGCUGCCAUUAGUUCUGGUCGUUGGAGUCCCGAUGCGGCGGGCUUGCUAACAGCUGGCGAGGAUGGUGUCAUUAAGAUCUGGUCACGAUCUGGCAUGCUGCGCUCCACAGUCAUUCAAAGUGAUGAGUCCAUAAGAUGUGCUCGGUGGUCACCGAAUUCCACUUCGAUCGUAUUUUGUCAAGGUGGUCAUAUAUCCAUAAAACCCUUGGCAGCCAAUAGCAAGUUGAUAAGGUGGCGUGCCCAUGAUGGUCUGGUUCUCUCUUUGAGUUGGUCCCAACAAUCGAAUAUCAUUGCCUCGGGUGGUGAGGAUUUUCGUUUUAAAAUCUGGGAUGCUCAAGGAGCCAAUCUCUAUACAAGUUCAGCUGAGGAAUACGCCAUUACGAGUGUGGCAUUCAAUCCCGAAAAGGACUUUCUAUUGAUUGGCACUUUCAACAUGCUCAAAUUGUGCCACAGUACAGGAUGGACCUACAAUAGUGCCCGCUUCACUGCUCCCAGCGUAGGAUCCUUCUACACGCUCGCUUGGUCGGCUGAUGGCACUCAAGUAGCUUGCGGCAGUUCCACAGGACAAUUGAUUGUUGCCUAUGCCAUUGAAGAGCAGCUUAUAUCACGUAAUCUCAAGGCCACCAGUACAAGUCGCAAGUCAAUUGCUCUCAAGGACAUUGCAACUGGUACACAGGAUGUCUUGGAUUUUCCGCAGCGUGUCAUAAACAUGGCCUUGGGCUAUGGUCAUCUGGUAGUGGCCACCACACACCAAAUUCACAUAUACAAUGAGAAAUAUAUUAAUACUCCGAUUAUAAUUGAUGGUCGAAAUGAUGUGCGAGUCAUUGAAGUGGGCAAAAAAUAUUUCAUGGUUCUGGAUGCCGCCUCCAUUUGGGUGUAUACCUAUACGGGACGUCUUCAUCUGAAUCCACGUUAUCCUGGCUCGCAGGCUCAAUUGCCAUUGCUCAACUGGCGUUCACUCUCUCUGGGCUUAGAUGUUCUGGCCAUUAGGGAUAAUUCUGAUACAACUGUAUUGCAUCUGUUCGAUUUAAUGCCAGGAGCUUCGCGUCAAUACGAACCACACUCACUGAGAGCCAAACAACAAUUGUCAGAGAUUGCAGCCUGUAGAGCAGGCACUGCCGAUGAUCAGUUUGUGGCCUUCAUCGAUGGCAAUCGAGAGCUCUAUAUAUGUGAGACGAGAAAUUUGAGUGGAGGCGGUGGCGGAACCACAACCGGAGCAGUAGGAGGAGGCACCGAACGUAUAUCCAAUAAUCAAGAUGAAAUCUAUAAGAUUGGCACCCAAUUGACCGACAUUAAGUGGGCCAGUGAGACGAAUAUUUUGGUAGGUGUACACGAUGCCUGCUAUAGCAUUUGGUAUUGUCCUGGCGAAGGUGCAAGUGAUCCCACAAUUAUAGCAUUGACCACCAUCACACUAGACACAGCAGAAUUUUGCAAACAUGUGGCCAUUGACAGCUUUGAGGAUGCUGUUAUAACUUUUCGCUGUGCCGGCGCUUUGCUUCCUCUCAAUGUCAAUAUUCAUUGUGAAGUUUUGCAUCGUUCUCUGCUCGAAGGACAAUGGCAACAGGCCCUCAAAAUCUGUCGUCUGGGCCAACAUGCCAGCUUGUGGGCCACUUUGGCUGCCGUGGCCACACGCAAACAUCAACUGCAACUCAGUGAAGAGGCCUACUCAGCCGCUUUGCAAAUUGAUAAGGUCAGUUAUCUGCAACAUCUGAAGACUUUGACGCCAUCGAGUGCCGAACAAAUGGCUGAAAAUUCUUUGAUGUUGGGUCGUAUGUUGGAGGCAGAAACUAUCCUAAUGCAUAAUCGAAAGUAUAUUGAAGCUGUAGCUCUUAAUCUACGUAUGCACAAUUGGAAAAGAGCCUUGGAAAUUGCCCAGAAACAUGAAAAGGAGCAACUCACAGAUGUCAAUAUACUGCAGAAAGUACUCGACGAGAGGCGACGUUAUUUGAAGGCUCUGCAACGUGAUGAAUGGGAAGCUGUCUACUUAGCUUAUAGUACCCAAGAUGAUAAAGAUGAUCUCAAUGAUUAGUAAUCACAAAU